UACUAAAAAUAAAAAAAAACAUUUUAUUUUGAAAAACGUUCCCCGGAAGUUAUGGUUGUGCCUUGACUACGUCACCGCUGAGGGACCACUGCAGGCAGAGCAGCGCGGAGCACCUGCUGAGGACUACAGGUGAGCAACUCCACCUAAACGUCUCUGUUUGAGGUGAGGAGCUGUCGGAACUCUUUCCUCUCCGAAUGGAGGUAUCGAGGAGAAGAAUCCUCCAGAAACAUCUGGAGCCUGCCAGACCCCUACGCCGCUGCAUCCCUUAUGACAUCGAGCCCAAAAUAAAUGCUGCUACAUGUGCCCAGACACUGAUUGAAGAAGAGAAUCAAGAGAGAACUAUUGGCAUAGAGGAGUUCUACAAGAUUGUCAACCUCCACAAACAGAAAGAAGGCCGGAUAUCUUACACAAGAGAUUUUUUAAUUGGUCUGGCAAAUUGUCCUGAGUCCAGGAAGAAGCCCGAAUUUUUGCCAGAUCACCCCAUUGUCCUAAUGACGCCAAGAGAUCUUGGGCACCUAAGGCUUCAUGAAAUGAAGUGGAAUGGUGGAAAAGAUGACAUGGUGGCAGAAAAGCUUCACUCACCUUAAGAAAUUUGAACUGCUGUUCACAACCCAAAAGAGUUUUUGUUGUUUGUUUGCUUAUUGCUUUUCUUGGUGAAUUUAAUUUAACUUGUUAUAUUUUGCAUGUAUAUUAUUUUUGAAUGUGAAUGUGACCAAUAACAGUUUGAAGUGAAGUUGCACAAAGUCAUAAUACUAAACACCAUUUUAUUGGCUUAAGUAGGAGUACUGCUUUUUUGCUUACAUAUUCUGCUGUGUAAGACUUUGACAAGAGUGUAUUUACAUUUUGAAAAAAAAACAUAAGACAAUAAUAGCUAUUGGUCAGCUGUGGAAUUAAUGUUUCGUUUAAAGAAACUUGUGUGGAGGAAUUGCCAUUUUAUGCAGACUCGGCAUAUUAGUGUCUCACUAAACAUGUUAACUUCUCUUAUAAAGGAAUGUUUGG